AUGCUUAUGAGCACGCUUUCGACGGUUGCAGAGGGGCCUCAGGGGUGUCGAUCCGAAAUGCGGCCCCGUGUGAUGCUGCGUCCGGACUUCUCUCCCGAAACUUCGCCCAAGCAUGCGACCUUGGCUUCCAACCCUAGGCCUUUGACGAAAGUGCAUGGCAACGCCACUGUCCAGGAGAGGCCAUUCCACCGUUCAUGGAGUCUCAACAAGCGUGAGCUUUCCAUGGUCGCGCAUCCACAUCCCAAGCCCUGGUCGCACAGCUCUUGCCCGGGCAAGAAGGAGACCCCUGAAGGGCAGAACGUCUUCCACCGCGUGUGGCUGACAGACGUGGGUGGCCGGGGGCGCUGGAACAAGCAGAAGAAAAAGGAUUUCUAUGAGAAGCAGGAUAGGGACAUGCAGUCCAAGCUUCCGCAUGACCUAAAGUUCUGCAACACCGACACGCAUUAUAAGUUCUGGACACAUCUGCUGGAUGGCGGAGUGACAGCAGGCGGUCAGGAAAAGCUGGAUUACGGCUAUCGGGGGCCGGCUUCGACCAAGCAGCACUUCUAUCUAGGCAAGUUCGAGAAUGUGAAGCACUACCAGCGCAUAGUUCAAACAGGUUUUAUUGAUCAGAAAACCAAGCAGUACAAGGAGCUCCACGUGGACACCCGAGACGAGUUUGACAGCCGCUUGAAGGAUGACAUGAUCGCACACAACGAGGCGGAGCUUCUUUGGGCCAAAAAGUCCAGCUUUGACCUCUUCCGGCCUAAGAACACCAUUUCUUGUCCGCAUCUAGGGGCGGACUUUGUGAAUCGUGCCGGCUAG